AUGGCACAAACACCCCAAGUCCUCUCAACGGGUCCUCUUGACAACCUUUUGGCAGAAGUCCACAAUUUGCUGGGACCGGAAAAGUCUCCCUUCCUUGAAAGACCUGUGUUGCCGUUAUUUCUCCAGGAUAUACCAUCAGGACUCCCGGGCGAGGAUGUGCAAUACCUUGAUGCGAAGGGGGUCUUUGAUAUUCCCAACGCGAAACUCUGCCAGGAACUUUUAACAGUCUUUGUGGAGCAUGUCUACCCUUUUCUUCCAGUCUUGGAUCUCGAAUCCUUUCUUCAAGCCGCAAUUCGCAAUGAUGGGGUAAAGCAAAUUGAUCUACUACUCUUCCAUGUGGUCAUGUUCUCCACCACAUCUUUUGCACUAUACGACUUCGACAUAGAAGGUGAUCGAAUUGCACUGAUCCAGGCUCUUCUCCUCAUGACUUACUGGCAUGAGAGUCUUGAGAACCCAAAAGACUCGCGGUAUUGGCUAGAUGUGUGUUGGUCACUGGGGGUAUCUAUUGGCUUGCACCGUGAUCCGUCGGGAUCCCAAAUGAGCCCGCGUCGGAAAGGGCUUUGGAAACGCCUAUGGUGGUGUCUGUAUACUCGAGACAGGCUGCUCAGCUUAAACUUGCGCCGACCCAUCGGGUUCAAGAAGAGUCGCCGUCACAAAGCCGAAGUGCCGCUGGAGCUGCUCGCCUCAAUCAGCAUCGUCCAUCGCCAGCUCAUGGCCUCCGCGCCUGAGGCGUCCGCCACUCACGCAUCCGCCGCACAGAACUGUCAGGUCAGCAUUGAGAUUGCAACAAUAAUACAAGACCUGCAUCAGGCCAACCUCGUUCCGUACCUUCCCGCCACAGCAGUGGCGCUUUUCGUUCCGGUGCUUGGGACCCUCGUGUUGAACAUGAGGUCCGCGUCUUUCUCUCUGCGCAUUGGAGCUUUUCAACGGUUCUAUCAGUGUAUGCGAGCUCUGGACACGCUAGGCGAAACGUAUUUCUCCGCGCAGACUGUGAGGCUGUUUUUUGAGGGUAUCUUGGGCUGUGGGGGGAGCAGGUUGGCUGAUGUGGCCGCUGCUAAUCCAGCUUUUGUGAGGGAUCUUCUUACGCAGCAUGAGGUAGAGUCUUUAUUUAGUGUAUCGGCGGGAAUUGGAGCGAAUUAGGAGACUUUCCUGACUGUUUGGCAAUUCAUUUUAUGUCCACUUGUUCCCAUCCAGUAAUAUUUGCCAAUGGAAACGUACCGAGUGGUAGUGUAAUCACGUUU